GACGCCCUCGGCCUCUCCAAGUAGUCUUUUCUACGCGCCGGGCCGGACCACAAACGACCGCCGCGCCGGGUUCGGUGCCAUGUCGUCGAACGAGGGCCGCGCGUGGCACGAGAAGAAGAAGUCGCGGCGCUACAAGGUGAAGAAGAGCGGCGUGCUGCUGCGCGUGGGCUGCGACAUGGGCUCGCGCCAGGUCGGGGAGCUCGCGGCGGGCACGGAGGUCGUGGUCACGGAGGACAUGAAGAUGAGCGGGUCGACGCGGCGCGUGCUCGUCGAGACGCCGCUCCGGGGCUGGUGCUCGGAGAAGAAGCUCGAGCCCUACGGGACGUCGCACGCGGUGCCCGCGGGUUUGGAGGGCCCCGACGAGGGCGAGCACGUCAAGACCGUGGAGAUCAAGAGCAAGCACCAGCUCCGGGAGUUCCUCAAGCACAAGGAGAAGGAGAAGGUCUGGGAGCGGCAGCAGGCCGGCGAGGCGCACCUGCAGGAGCCGCAGCAGGCCUACGACUGGGAGGACCCCUACGAGCGCUGGGUCAUGGACCAGCGGCCCGGCGAGGACCCCGAGGACCCCAAGGUGCGCGUCGCCUACGCCGCGCGGCUCCGGGGCGCCGGCGAUUUGGACGGCGCGGAGCUCAUGCUCCGCAAGGCGCUCGGCGACGAGCCGAGCCUCGCCAAGGCGCGGAGCCAGCUCGCCAAGGUCGUCGACGCGAAGAAGCGCCGCGAGCAGGCGCUGACGGCGGCCCUGGCGACGCCGGAGGCGCGGCUCGCCGACGCCGUGGCGAAGAUCAAGGGCCGCGCGGACGCGGAGUUCAAGGUGAGCAACUGGCGGUCGGCGCUCCACUUCUACGGCUUGCUACUAGAGGGCAUGACGGACGAGCCCGAGGUCGACGACGACGAGGAGGUCGACUCCGAGGAGGAGGCCGCGCGGCAAGAACGCGGGUUCCGCCUGGGGCGGCCCCUGCGCCUCUUGGACGGCGAGGUCGUCCGCGCGCCGGUCCGCGACUUCGACGGUCACGAGGCCGCGAACCUCCACGGCAACCGCAGCGCCUGCCUCGCGAAGCUGCGCAAGUUCGAGGAGGCCGAGGAGGAGGCGAGCCGGGCCCUGGAGCUGCGGCCGGACUGGGUCAAGGGCAUCCGGCGGUUGGCCGUCGCGCUCGACGGCGGCGGGCGGCACGUCGAGGCGCAGUUCGCGCUGGAGCACGCGAUGAGCAUCAACCCCAACGACCCGGGCCUCCAGGCCGCGCGGCGCAACGCGGAGAUCCGCUGCGAGCACUUCGAGCGGCGCGCCAUGGAGGAGGCGCUCGACGAGUCGAAGACGUGGGCCGCGCAUUUGGAUCUGCUCCAGUGGCAGGAUUUGGUCGACCCGGAGGAGGCGCCGCCGGAGAUCAAGAUCAUCAUGGAGCGCAAGGCCAAGCAGGAGCGCCGGGGCAAGAGCGCCCAGAUCUUCAUGACGGACAAGCAGAAGAAGCGCGUCGCGGACAAGAAGGCCGAAAGGCGCGACCGGCGCCAGGCGGAUUUGGACCUCCCGCCCAAGCCCGAGCGCGACCCGGACUCGCGGAAGAAGGAGAUCGAAAAGCUCAAGGCGGACCCGAACCGGCGCAAGAAGGACUGGUUCCCCUCGAGCUCCGAGGACGAGGCCGACGGCGCGUCGUCGGCGAGCUCCGAGUCGUCGCUCGACAGCGACGACAGCGACCGCUACAAGAAGUGGGGCGAGCGGUCCAAGGAGUACAUCGCCCGCGACUUCGCGCUGCGGCGGCUCCGCGCGGACGCGCGCCUCGCGGCCGCGGCCGCCGCCGCCGCCGAGGACGAGCGGCGGCUCCAGCGCGCCAAGGACGGCGUCGAGCACACGCCCCAGCUCCUCGAGAACAGGCUCUCCAAGAAGCUCUGCGCCAAGGGCCUCAAGGUGUCCAACAAGGGCGCCAAGGUCGCCCAGUCCGCGUCGCGCGUGCGAGGCGCGUGCCUCGCGAGGGAGCCGCUGCCGGCGACGGGCGUCCACGUCUGGUGCGUCGCCCUCGACGGCGUCGGCCAGCCCUGCCUCGGCGUCGCCACCGAGGGCUGCGACCUGGCCAAGUGGCUCGGCGACGACGCCAAGGCCUGGAGCCUCUACAUGCGCGACCACCGGGGCGUCAUGGCGACGGCGCACGGCGGGUCGCGCGGCGACUACGACGCGGGCGCGGCGCGCGGCGGCAUGAUGAUGGGCGUCAAGAAGGGCGACGCCGUGGGCUUCAUGUGGGACGCCGACGCCAAGGAGUUGGACGUCUUCGUCAACGGCGCGUCCAAGGGCACGAUCUUCGGCCCCGCGGACUUCCCCGCGGACGGCGCGCUCGACGGCGACGGCGAGCCCCUGCCGCCGUUGAAGCUCUUCCCCGCGGUGGGCUUCGAGGGCAACCAGGCCGAGAGCGGCGCCUACCGCUUCAUCCCCGGCGUCUUCGACGACCCGGAAAGGUUGGAGAAGCUGGAAUUGAUCAAGCGGUUCAAGGUCGGCCGCGGCUUCUCGGGCAAGGACGGCAAGAACUUCCAGCUCGUCCACGCGGACGGGUCCCGCCACGAGCGCAUGGACAAGCCGAAGAUGGCCUACAACAUGUGCCAGGUGCACCAGCGCGGCUCCGGCGACGGCGUCCACAACGCGGUGUGGUGCCAGACGGAGCAGGCGCGCUGGACGCAGAGCGUCUACAAGAUCGAGGUCGUCGCGUUCAACAAGCCCGGGGACGUCGGCGCCCAGGACCUCGACGUCGUGCUGAAGACGCGCUACCUCAAGGCGUCGCACCGCGCCACGGGCGAGGUCUACGUCGAGGGCGCGCUGCACCGCGACGUCUACGCGGACGAGUCGCUCUGGUACGUCGACGACGACGGCGUCCUAAACUUCAUGCUCGCGAAGAACCUGACCAUGUACCACACCUACUUCUGCGUGUCCAUGGGCAACUGGAGCCGCCUCUUCGAGUUCGACGAGGAGAUGAGCGACGGCGACAUGGACAUGGACCAGACGGACCUCGACCGCGAGCGCAAGCGCAUCGAGGACAUCGCGUCCAUGAAGAGCAGCCAGCAGGCCAAGUACGAGCUCGCCAAGCGCAAGCGCUGCGAGGACGCGGGGCUCCAGUGGCACUGGGUCCACAACUACGACGGGCCCAACGGCUACCAGAUCGACCCGUCCUACGAGGCGCCGGGCCAGAUCGGCUACGACAUGCCCACGGACCGGGAGUUGGUGCUGCGCCAGGCGGGCUGCUUCAACGGGGCCUAGGGGGGGGGGACUCGAUUUUUGUAGCGGCCGAAGCCGGUAAUAACUAGUGACAGG